GGUUGCGUCACACCGCUCCUCCUCUCCCGUUUAGCGCUGUGAAAACACCGUGCUUCCCAUCCCAUCACUCGAGCGUGGACAGGAUGGAGGGACUGCUAGACCAGUGGCUAUGGAAGGAGGACUACUGGUUGCCUCCAGGGGUCACCUGGAAGGACAUCGAGAUGGGGGAGGGUGAGCGCUACCCUCUCCCUCGGGACCUCUUCUACACACUGCCCCUGGCACUGGGCUUCAUUGUUCUGCGUUAUGUCUUUGAGAGGGUCAUAGCCAUUCCACUGAGCAGGCAACUGGGGGUGACAGACAGAGUACGAGUUAGAGUGCUGCCUGUACAAAAACUGGAGACCUUUUACAAACAGAACAAACAGCAACCCUCACAGAGUGAGGUCCUGGGUCUUGGAAAGCAGUGUGGUCUCAGUCGGCGACAGAUUGAAACAUGGUUCCGCCAUCGUCGCAACCAAGACAGACCGAGCAACACCAAGAAGUUUUGUGAAGCCUCUUGGAGGUUUGUUUUCUACCUCAUUGCAUUUGUGGCAGCACUGGCCUCACUGAUUGAUACCCCCUGGUUCUGGGACCACAGAGAGUGCUGGAGAGGCUACCCCAAACAACCUGUCGCUGAGGCACACUUCUGGUAUUACAUCACAGAGAUGGGUUUUUAUUGGUCUCUACUGCUCUGUGUCUCUGUGGAUGUGAAGCGGAAGGACUUCAAAGAACAGAUCAUCCACCACAUUGCAACCAUUUUCCUCAUUGGUUUGUCGUACUGUGCUAACUAUGUGCGCAUUGGCACUCUGGUGAUGCUGGUUCAUGAUUCCUCAGACUUUCUCCUGGAGUCUGCCAAGAUGUUCAACUAUGCUGGCUGGAGGAAGACAUGUGACACACUGUUUGUCAUCUUUGCACUGGUCUUCCUGCUAACACGACUAGUGGUGUUCCCUGGCAGAAUAGUCCACUCUACCCUGGUUGUCUCCAUGGAUUUCUUUCAGCCUUUCUUUGGCUACUAUUUCUUCAAUGCCCUACUGCUUGUUCUGCAAGCUCUGCACAUCUUCUGGGCCUGGCUGAUCUUACGCAUGGUCUUCAAGUUUGUCUUCUUGGGCAAGGUUGAGAAAGAUGAGCGCAGCGAUGAGGAAAGUGAGCCAGAGGAAGAAGAGGAGGUUGAGGAAGAAGAAGACUCUAGCUGGGAGCAGAGAAAGGGAGCCCUCAAUUCCAAACUGGCUUCCCUUGCCAACAACUGUGUCCUGAACAACCUAACAAAUCAGAGGAAUAUGAACAGCAGACUGCCCAAAGCCAGAUAGUACCACUCCAUUUCCUCCACAAGGUUAAACUUUUAAUCAUUUUGUCUCUCCUUCCAUAGUACGUGCUGGUAAGAUAUAAUUAAUUUGUAUGUUUUAUAUAGUAUAUUACCAAUGUGAUCCAUUUAGGACUUUAUAGUUUUAGAUAGGUACUUUAUUUCAAAGCGAAUGGAGUACUGAACUGUUUAUUGCACUGUCGAAAUAAGGGCCAGGACAAACCAUGAAGUAUGUUUUUUUUUGUUGAUGUAAUGUAUAAUUAAUUAGAUUUUGGGUUGUGUUUAAAUAAUGAAAGCCACUAGCUCUGGCCCAGUUGAAGUGGCCACAAGUGUGCCACAAUUCCACCCUGAAACCUAAUUUUGCAAAAAGAAAGACUUAAUCAGGAUUUUUUAAAACAACUAAAACCUAUGUGGCAUUCGUUUUCAUUAUAUUAGCCAUAGCGAGGCAUGUAUGAUGUAGGAUAGUAGCUUUUUGGAUAAAUAAUACAUAUAUUGAGCAAGAAACAUUUUAUGAUAUCAUAGGUAACAACAUGACAGCCUCUAGAAGGAAAUGUACAGCUAUUAUUUCAUUGUACUUUCUACUUGUUAGAAUGGUAAUAGCGCCCACUGGUGAGGAAAGGAGGCCAUUUCUUUUGGAAAAGGAAAAGAAGUUGCGGUUGCCUUUAUAGGAUUGCUGGUGAAAAAACAACAAACUGACCAUAGAUCAGUGUCUUGGGUUAACUACUGUUACAGAUAGAACCUUGUGAAAUGACUAGUAGGAUAAGUUCUGUUAUGGCACAUUUUACAGGUAGAACCUUGAGAAAAUGACCAUUAGGAUGAGUUUUUAUGGAACAUUUCAGAGCCUUGACAAAUGACUAUUAUUCUGUAUUCUCUUAUGGAACAUUUUAGAGCCUUCGAAAAAGGACUAUAAGGCUAUGUUUAUAAUGUUAUUAUAUGAAUGCUUGCAGCAUGUUUCAAUUUUUUUUUUUACUCUGCUACUGAACUGUUAUUUUGUGCCUUGGCUGCUAUUUAUACACUUUUUCUUUUACAAGUAUUUGUACGUACAGUAGCUCUUUGUAUUAGUGCAGCUUUACAAAGCAGCUUCUUUUUUUUUAUUAAAGAGCAACAACUCUCCCUCCAUAAACCAACAGCAUUUCAUAAUAUCCAGUAGGUCAAAUCAGCCAGAAGAUGGCUACAUGAAAACUCUAAACUCUAUGUUUAAAUUAAUACCUCUACUGGCCAAUUGACCUAAUGCUUAAACUACUUUUUUUUAUGUUUGAAGUAUGGCCUCAUAAUUAGUUAACAGAAAGAAAAUAUAAUGUAAUUAGCUGGACAGAAAAGGGUCAUGCACUGAAAAGGUGAUACUACUGUGCAUAGAUUAAUAGAUGGGGCUAUGGCGUGACCUGUAUUCCCACUUUGCCCUGAGAUAUGUCAAAAACUUGAUUGUCCAUCUCGAACUGGAACUCACUCACCUGGUCCCAGAGAUUGAUGUGCUUGACAGGCAAUGACAGUGAUAAUUAGACGAGUUGACAAAAGCACAUCUGGGAGGGUAAAUAAAAGGAACCCACUUCCUUGGGACUGAAUGACUAUGUGGUUUCCGGGGUCAAGGUGUGCCUCACUGUCUGUCUGAUGUGCCACUGCCACCAGUACGACUCACUCCCACAGACCGUCCGUGGGUUUCAUCUGUGGUCUGUUUCACCUAAGGACUCACUUCAAACACUGUUAUUGGAUGUUUAUUUUAUUGAAAGGGCAAGUAUUGCAACAAGAGAAAUGGCAAUAACACAGGACUUGUCUUUUAUUCUGCGUAACACACACCUCAUAAUGUUUGUUCACUCGUGGCCAGCUCAGCAUAAUCAAUAAAGGAUUUUUAUAUUGACAAAUGGA